ACACACAAACGCAGCGUUAAUUGGAGCUUCCGGUCUAUGUCGCCUUUAAUGCACCGAGCAAGUCGAGAACGCGGACGGCUCGUUAACAUAGCCGAAAGGCAUCAUGGGGGUAACACUACUGCGCAUGCUCAUGCUCUACACAACCCGGAAAUAAACGUGGAAGUCAGAAACUUUUUUGGUAUAUGCGCUGGGUGAGCAACUCCAUAUGAAUGAAAGGAACCAGAGGGGUGGUGCUCUAUCCAGUUCUUAUAAUACAUCCAUGGCCUGCACUCACUGCAGCUUACUGCCUCAGACAUGACACCGGCUUUGAGUGUGACCCGGCUGAUGAUUGGCUGUUCUUAAGUCCCGCCUCUCUUGGUGUGUAGAUUUAUCUUUCAGCUUGUGCUAAGGAGGUGGGAACUAGCUAGGUUCAUAGUUCACGCACUAUAGAGUUUUGACUUAUUUUCAUUACUGAAAAUUGUUCAAACCACAUAAAACACAGCUAUAAUUUCUUGUCCUUACUCUAGUGUAGUCAUAUUUCCAUCAUCUGUUUCUUUUCUUUUUGAGAUAACAGCUUGCAGUGCAUUUGCAGUUGUAGUAAAUAUGUCACUGUAUAUUUUUGUCAUGCAGGACAUUUGGCAUGUGGCUUAAACUUAUAAUGGACUGUUUUUUUUUUUUUUUUGUUAAAGGGUUUGCCUUUGGAAAACAUUUUAUAUAAAGUUGGCCACAGCUCAGUAAUAUGGAUUAGAUAUCUGUUUAUAUGCUUACAUUUGUACACUAAAUGUGUUGUAACGUUAUUGCACAUAUUAAUAUGUGAAUUGUUGUAUAUUAUUUACAUCUCUCAUGUCUUCAAGCCCAUCUAAGAAAAACAGCUAAUAUGCCCUCAUGCUCACAAAUGUUUGGGCAGUUGUGCCAUGUGAUGGUUCCCUUGUGCAAGAGUAUAAGAAUAGCUUCUUCAUCAUGUUUACAGUACAUGGAGUUGAUGUGCCAUGGAUGGUGAUGUAGAGUCAUAAGACACUUGAGCAACAAGGAAUGAUAAGUCCUCAGUGGAUAUAAGGGGUUUCAGAGUUUCUUAAUCUGAAUUUAAGAUGAUUAAUUCAUAUUCACUGUUCAUACUCUUUGCAUUGUACUCACUAAAUACCACUUGAGGUGUCAAUGUGAGGGUGUAAACCACAUGGGCUCAUGAGCUUUGAGCAGCAGUUCCCUGACUUCCUAGAGGUUUCUGGACAUAGCUACUGUUCAAUCGGGCUGAUCAAAUAAUAUUUUUUUUAAUUAAAACCACAACUAAAUUGAUCAAAUAUUAUAAGGCUGCAAUGUAUUCAUUAUCUUCAAUCGUUUUAUGUUUUAUUCUAGUUUUAAAAAAUGUUAUGCGUACAAGGUAGAAUCAGUUAUGCCUUUAAGUUUUCAUCCUUGCAUAAGAGUACAACCGUUAAGAUUUUGUUACAUUGUAAUGCUUUGUCUUGUUUUAAAUCUAUUAAACAGUAAAUACAUAACUGAAGCAUGAUUAAAAAUAUGUAUAUCACAGUUGUGUUAGAAAUCACAAUUGCAUAUUGUACCCAAAUCCUUUUGCGCCACUGUAUAGAGCAAACAACAACCACAAUACAACUAUCUAUUCAUUUUUGUGUGAAAGUCAUAUCCCAGGUGAGUAACAGCCAUCUUAAUGCUCUCUGCUUUCAGUUUUUAAAUCAUAAUGCCAAGUGCAAAAUACAAUAUUUCAGUUUUAAAUGCAGAAGUAAAGACCUAAACAGUUUGUCAUUUAUUAUGUAAUAAAGGUGCAAUAAAUCAAUUUGACUUCAUACAUUCAUUUCUAGAAUAACGGAAAAUAAUCACCAUUACUGUUCUAAAUAAAACAGGUUUAUAGUGUAUGUAUGACUGGACAAUAUGGCCAAACAUUUAGCACAAUAUCAGUUUCCAAAUCAUUCUUUACGUUUAGAGAUAAAUGUCAUAUAAUAAUGUUGUAAUUACCUACUAAUAUUGGUGAUCUUAACAAUAAAAUACAGAUACUGAUUAUAGGCAAAUGUCUAAUAUUGGCCAGGCCAAAAAAAUGAUAAGGAUAAGUAUACUGUUGUAUUGUUAUUGAUGUAUUACCUGGCCCUAUUUCUAGAUUUGAACAUGAGGUAAAUUGCAGCAAAUUAUAAUGUUGCAACAACAACUCGAGCACAGGAUGUCAACAUUGACUUGUUUACCAAUUACACAGGGCUCCAUCUGUCAAGUGAUGCUUCUUUGAUUCACUCACAUGGACCCUGUUUGUCUCUGCUCAGUCAACCACUGCUGUCACUGUUGGAAAGGAUUGCAACAUGUGACACAUGCUACACUGGGUAGGAGGGGGCCAUUUCUGUGAAAAGUCCCAGGGCCAGUGAGCAGACAGGAAUGUAAGGUCUGGUUGGUUAGAGGGAUUGGGUGUCACCAGCUGUGUGAGGCUGGUAUAUAAGGACGCUGCUGCUAGCCCUUAACCAGAACAGAUAGCAGCUUUUUCACAAGUAUCACUAAGAAGAGGUUGAUAGAGUCGUCCCUCUAGUUGUUGUAAGUUGAGAGUGAGAGGGUGAGUUUUCUCUUUUGGGAAAUAAGAAACCAACCUGUGUAGCUGUAGAUAGAGACUUUGAUCACAAUGGACGUCCAGAGGACAGGAUCAAUUGUUCGGGCCCCCAGCCCCAUGGAUAGCCUUGAGAAGCAGCUGAGCUGCCCCAUCUGCCUGGAAAUGUUCACCAAACCGGUGGUCAUUCUGCCCUGCCAGCACAACCUCUGCCGUAGUUGUGCCAGUGACCUCUAUGACUCCCGCAACCCAUACCGCUUUUCUGGUGGUGUCUUCCGAUGUCCUACUUGUCGGUUUGAGGUUGUCCUUGACCGUCAUGGUGUACAUGGGCUGCAACGCAACCUGUUGGUUGAAAAUAUCAUCGACCUCUAUAAGCAACAGCAAGAAGGGAGUGGCAGUGGAAAUACAGAAACCAGCCUGAAGCCUAAAGAAUCCAAAGAACCAAUGUGCCAAGAACAUGAGGAUGAGAAAAUCAACAUCUAUUGUAAGACCUGCCAAGUUCCCACCUGCUCCAUGUGCAAAGUGUUUGGGCAACAUAAAGACUGUGAGGUUGCAACUUUAGCAAGUGUUUACCAGGUCCAGAAAGGUGACCUAAGUAAUGCUAUUGAUACCCUGGUGGCUAGCAAUGGCCGCCUGCAGGCUCUGCUCAAUCAGAUGGACGAUGCCUGUCGUGCUGUUCAGGAUAAUGCCCAGACCGCUAAGCAAAGGUUAGCCGAAAGCUUUGACCUACUGUAUGCUGUCCUUGAAGAUCGCAAGGCCAUUCUACUAGAGAAAAUCACCAAAGAGCAAGAUGAAAAGGUUGCAGCCCUUCGGGCUCUGGCCCAACGUUAUGGAGAGCGACUGCAAGCCAGCACAGAGCUCACAGAUUCGGCUGUGAGAGCACUGGAGCAGAAUGGAGCUGCUGAGUUCUUGGUGGCCUCCAAGGGUCUAAUCACACAGACCAAAGACGCGGCAAAAUCUUCACUUGGGGAAGAGAGGCCAGAACCAGGGUUCGAGAAGAUGGACCACUUCACUUUGUCAACAGAGCAUGUGGUAACAGUCCUAUCAAAGAUGCAUUUUGGGGUGUGUGAAGAUGAUGACUUUGAAGAUGCAGAAGAGGAGGAGGAGGAGGAGGAGGAAGAAGAAGAAGAAGAAGAAGAAGAGGAGGAGUAGUAAUGACAACUCAAAGUGUUUAUGGACUUAAAAAUACUGUACUGUAAUGUGGUUCUGGAAGGAGUGUGUUGAUGGCAGGAACUGCAUUUAAUGUUGAACAGAAUAUAGGGCUACAGUGAGUGUGAGCUAAAUGGUGUGCCCUUUUUUUUCAGUGCAAUAUUUAAUUUCAGUGUUGUGUUAAUUCUUUUUUUCUUAAUUUCUUUUUAUACUUUUGUACCUCAAAGCUAAUGAAAUGGCAAAAUAGGGUAACUAAAUGUAAAUGUAGACUGGUUUAUACAUGUUUUUUUCUUGUAUGUGGUUUAUAAAAUAGUUUUAGUAAUGUUUCUCAUUUUGUCCAAGUUUGUGUUGAACUGGUUACUACACUUGUCUUCAUUUGAAUGUUGGAAUAAAGCUGCAUGAAGUCAA